AUGGCUGCUUCUACUGCCAUCGCCGGCGGUGCCAAGGCCACCCUCCGACGCAAUGUUGUAGAGUCCUCCGAAUCUUCAGCCGCCGUCUCGCCUGCCGACUCGCCUCGUCCCUCGCCCUCGUCUACCUCGCUCUCCUCCCUCUCUGAAAUGGAUGCCGAGCCCAAGCCCAUCAGCUACGGCCGCCUCAUCGACACCUACGGCAACGAGUUCACCCCUCCAGACUACACCAUCAAGGACAUCCGGGACGCUAUUCCCAAGCACUGCUUCGAGCGUUCGGCCCUGAAAGGCUACUUCUAUAUCCUCCGCGACAUCUUCUACCUCUCUACCACCUUCACCAUCUUCUACAACUUCGUCACUCCCGAAUACAUCCCUAAUGUCUACGCCCGCGGUGCCCUCUGGGGCGUCUACACCAUCCUCCAGGGUCUCUUCGGCACUGGUCUCUGGGUUAUUGCUCACGAGUGCGGCCACGGCGCCUUCUCCGACUCUCGCCUCGUCAACGACAUUACCGGCUGGGUCCUUCACUCCUCCCUCCUCGUCCCCUACUUCUCCUGGCAAAUCUCCCACUCCAAGCACCACAAGGCCACCGGCAACAUGGAGCGCGACAUGGUCUUCGUCCCUCGCACCCGCGAGGAGCAGGCCUCCCGCCUUGGCAAAAUGGUCCACGAGCUGUCUGAGCUCGCUGAGGACGCUCCCGCCUUCACUCUCAUCAUGCUCAUCGCCCAGCAGCUCAUCGGCUGGCCCAACUACCUCCUCACCAACGUUACUGGCCACAACUUCCACGAGAAGCAGCGUGAGGGCCGCGGCAAGGGCAAGCACAACGGCACCGGCGGUGGCGUGAACCACUUUGACCCUCGCAGCCCUCUCUAUGAGGCCAAGGACGCCAAGCUCAUUGUCCUCUCCGACAUUGGUCUGAUUCUUGCUGGCUCUGCUCUCUACUUCCUCGGCAACAAGUUUGGCUGGUACAACCUGGCUGUCUGGUACUUCAUUCCCUACCUCUGGGUCAACCACUGGCUUGUGGCGAUUACCUUCCUCCAGCACACUGACCCUACUCUUCCCCACUACCACACUGAGGAAUGGAACUUUGUCCGUGGUGCCGCCGCCACUAUUGAUCGCGAAUGCGGCUUCAUCGGCCGUCACCUCCUCCACGGCAUUGUUGAGACGCACGUUCUCCACCACUACGUCUCGAGCAUUCCCUUCUACAACGCCGACGAGGCCUCGGACGCCAUCCGUCCCGUCAUGGGCAAGCACUACCGCUCCGACACCAAGGGUGGCUUCUUUGGCUUCCUCGGCGCCAUGUACAAGAGCGCUCGCAUGUGCCAGUGGGUUGAGCCCUCGGCAGAGGCCACCGACCAAGGCAAGCACAUUCUCUUCUUCCGCAACAAGAACGGACUCGGCACCAAACCUGCCAAGAUUUCUGCUCAGUGA